UCCUAGUUAGCCCAGGACAGACAGACAGACAGACAAACGCCGUGGCAUCUCAAGUCUGAACCCAAUCAAAGGCGCAAAACGCCGGAAGCGACACACUACAGCCUCCUUAGAUUUGAGCUCUGCUGCAGCUGCAGCUGCUACGAUGCAACGGGGCAAGCAGGAGCCAGUAGCUGCUGCUACACACAACGGGCUGUAGUAAACACUAACUGUGACUGUGAGUCUGUGGCUCGAGUGAGAGACAGAGGAGGAAGGAAAGAAACAAGCAAGAAAGAGAGCGUAAAAAAGAGAUCUUGAGGGGGAGGAGAGGAGAGGAGGAGGGCGCCAUGAUGGCAUGUGUGGUGUGCUAGCGGGCUAAAGGGAGGACACUACUGAUUAGUGAUGGGCAAAAGAAGAUGGACAAGGAUGGAUAGCUAGCUACUAGUACUAGCUGCCUUUGUGCUGUUUGCCUUUGCCUUUCUUGCUUGUUUGCCUUGCCGACUCUGGGAAGAGGAGAGGAAUGGCGUGAGAACUCGAGUCCCUUCAUGAUUGGUUGGAGCGGCAGCCGGCACGAGCUAAGCUGAGCUGUGGUGCGACGUGCGAGUGAGGUGUGCGCAUGAGAGCUAUUCAUAAAUGAAUCUCAGAAGACAUGGCAGAAUUCAAGGUUGGAAGGCUGGAUGGUCAGCCACCAAGGAUUAGAAAUGUCCCUAUUGCCAUCACCCCGGAAGGAUUCUGGUGCUGCCCGUCACAGGCCGCGCUCCAGAAGACAACAAAGAACCCAAACCGGCAAGGCAGACCUAGAGGUGGAGCAUCACCUGCUGUGUCAAAGGCCUCCUUGGUUCAGAGGGCGCCGACCAUUUCUUCGGAGAAGAGAGCACAAUCUACUCCUACUAGGUCUAGAACCAAUUCGGAUGAGCAAGUAUGCCCCCAAGCAGAUGCUGCUGCUGCCCUUGAUCCACUGAAGGUAGCAUCAGCACCCGAGAAGCGACCAAAGCAACAUAAGAUCUCAGUCGGGUUUGGGCAGCUCGGCACGAGUGAUCUGAAGGUUGUGCUGUAUGGCAAGGAAGGGGUUGCUGUGAAGAUGAUUGUUCACAAGAACAUCCUUGCUGAAAAUAGUACUUUUUUCAUGGAUAGGCUCUCGAGGCAAUCUCCAGUGUCAUGCAUUGAGGUACCGGAUUGUGAGGAUGUUGAGAUUUAUGUCGAGACUGUUGGGUUGAUGUACUGCAAGGAUGUCAAGCAGAGGCUUAUCAAGCAAAAUGUUCCACGAGUUCUUCGAAUCUUGAAGGUUGCAGAAUCACUAGGCUUCCGUGCAUGCAUCAUGUCAUGCUUAGAUUACCUGGAAGCAGUUCCUUGGGUUGGCGACGAGGAAGAAAAUGUCGUGUCAUCCAUACGACAACUGCACAAUGAGAACCACAUAGUUAACCCCUUGCUGAAAAGGGUGACAUCUGACAUAACAAAUCCGCCAAACGACACGCUUGCGCAUAUAAUUGAAUUGGUUCUAAAGAGCAGCGAGGACAGAGGGCGGCGCGAGAUGAAAUCUUUGGUCCUGAAGCUCUUGAAGGAGAACGUCUUGACAAAUGCUUCAGCAGACUCCUGUGUCAUGACCUUGUACAGUUCUUGCCGAGAUUGCCUGGAAUCCUUAUUGACUUUGUUUCGCCAAGCUUCUGAUCCGGAGUUCCCUGAGCAAUCUUCGGACAACAAAGAACCGGUCUUCCGAAAGAUCGCUCUGGAGGCUGACAACCUCCUCUGGUUAACUGAAAUUUUAUCAGACAAGAAUGCAGCCGAUGAGCUGACAGUCAUCUGGGCCAGCCAGGGCGAGCUGGCCAAACUGCACUGCAAGAUACCGGUCAUGCACAGACACCUGGUGAGCUGCGUCACCGCGAGGCUCUUCGUGGCCAUUGGCAAAGGGGAGGUGCUGCCAUCGAAGGAGACGAGGCAGCUGCUGUUAGACGUCUGGCUGCAGCCUCUCAUGGAUGAUAACAAGUGGUUACAGCAUGGAUGCAGGUCCUUCGACCGGAAGGCUGUCGAGGACGGGAUCGGGCAAACCAUCCUGACGCUGCCAUUGGAGGACCAGCAGGCGGUGCUGCUCGCCUGGCUGGGUAGGUUCUUGAAGGUCGGGGACAGCUGCCCGAACCUUCAGAGGGCGUUCGAGGUGUGGUGGAGGAGGACCUUCGUCAGGCCUUACGCCGAGCAGCAGGGGAGUUCAUCGUCUCGAUCAGGACGGCACUGAUCGUGAUCGAAAAUUGCUAAGGAAAGUAGCGUGUGAUGUUGGUUACAAGGUAGCAAGUACCUAGUAAUAAUGGUUUAUCUACAAGGUAGUAAGAAACUUAGUUUCACUUAGGAUAUGUUGAAGAGAGAAGAAUAGAGUGUAGGGUCAGUAGUGGUGCUUCUUUAACUGAGAGUGUGUGUUGGUUGUGCUUGUGUUGUAAUGCUUUGUAAUGUCAAAAAAAAAAUCUGAUUUCUUGGCACAGAAA